AUGAGAGCGCACGUGCAUGCCCACCGGAAGUUCCGGAAGAUGGUCGUGUCCAGGCUGCAUAGAUUAGUGCCCCCGGUGGCGGUCGAAGAAGCUGCAGAGCCCCCUGUGGCGGUCGAAGAAGCUGCAGAGCCCCCUGUGGAGGUCAAAGAAGCUGCAGAGCCCCCUGUGGAGGUUAAAGAAGCUGCAGAGCCCCCUGUGGAGGUCAAAGAAGCUGCAGAGCCCCCUGUGGCGGUCGAAGAAGCUGCAGAGCCCCCUGUGGAGGUCAAAGAAGCUGCAGAGCCCCCUGUGGAGGUCAAAGAAGCUGCAGAGCCCCCUGUGGAGGUCAAAGAAGCUGCAGAGCCCCCUGUGGCGGUCGAAGAAGCUGCAGAGCCCACGGUCAAAGAAGCUGCAGAGCCCCCUGUGGAGGUCAAAGAAGCUGCAGAGCCCCCUGUGGCGGUCGAAGAAGCUGCAGAGCCCCCUGUGGAGGUCAAAGAAGCUGCAGAGCCCCCUGUGGAGGUCAAAGAAGCUGCAGAGCCCCCUGUGGAGGUCAAAGAAGCUGCAGAGCCCCCUGUGGAGGUCAAAGAAGCUGCAGAGCCCCCUGUGGCGGUCGAAGAAGCUGCAGAGCCCCCUGUGGAGGUCAAAGAAGCUGCAGAGCCCCCUGUGGCGGUCGAAGAAGCUGCAGAGCCCACGGUCAAAGAAGCUGCAGAGCCCCCGGUGGCGGUCGAAGAAGCUGCAGAGCCCCCUGUGGCGGUCGAAGAAGCUGCAGAGCCCCCUGUGGCGGUCGAAGAAGCUGCAGAGCCCCCUGUGGAGGUCGAAGAAGCUGCAGAGCCCCCUGUGGCGGUCGAAGAAGCUGCAGAGCCCCCUGUGGCGGUCGAAGAAGCUGCAGAGCCCCCUGUGGCGGUCGAAGAAGCUGCAGAGCCCCCUGUGGCGGUCGAAGAAGCUGCAGACCCCACGGUCAAAGAAGCUGCAGAGCCCCCUGUGGCGGUCGAAGAAGCUGCAGAGCCCCCUGUGGCGGUCGAAGAAGCUGCAGAGCCCCCUGUGGAGGUCGAAGAAGCUGCAGAGCCCCCUGUGGCGGUCGAAGAAGCUGCAGAGCCCCCUGUGGCGGUCGAAGAAGCUGCAGAGCCCCCUGUGGCGGUCGAAGAAGCUGCAGAGCCCCCUGUGGCGGUCGAAGAAGCUGCAGAGCCCCCUGUGGAGGUCGAAGAAGCUGCAGAGCCCCCUGUGGCGGUCGAAGAAGCUGCAGACCCCACGGUCAAAGAAGCUGCAGAGCCCCCGGUGGCGGUCGAAGAAGCUGCAGAGCCCCCUGUGGAGGUCAAAGAAGCUGCAGAGCCCCCUGUGGCGGUCGAAGAAGCUGCAGAGCCCACGGUCAAAGAAGCUGCAGAGCCCCCGGUGGCGGUCGAAGAAGCUGCAGAGCCCCCUGUGGAGGUCAAAGAAGCUGCAGAGCCCCCUGUGGCGGUCGAAGAAGCUGCAGAGCCCACGGUCAAAGAAGCUGCAGAGCCCCCGGUGGCGGUCGAAGAAGCUGCAGAGCCCCCUGUGGCGGUCGAAGAAGCUGCAGAGCCCCCUGUGGAGGUCGAAGAAGCUGCAGAGCCCCCUGUGGCGGUCGAAGAAGCUGCAGACCCCACGGUCAAAGAAGCUGCAGAGCCCCCGGUGGCGGUCGAAGAAGCUGCAGACCCCACGGUCAAAGAAGCUGCAGAGCCCCCGGUGGCGGUCGAAGAAGCUGCAGAGCCCCCUGUGGAGGUCAAAGAAGCUGCAGACCCCACGGUCAAAGAAGCUGCAGAGCCCCCUGUGGCGGUCGAAGAAGCUGCAGACCCCACGGUCAAAGAAGCUGCAGAGCCCCCGGUGGCGGUCAAAGAAGCUGCAGACCCCACGGUCAAAGAAGCUGCAGAGCCCCCGGUGGCGGUCGAAGAAGCUGCAGAGCCCCCUGUGGAGGUCAAAGAAGCUGCAGAGCCCCCUGUGGCGGUCGAAGAAGCUGCAGACCCCACGGUCAAAGAAGCUGCAGAGCCCCCGGUGGCGGUCAAAGAAGCUGCAGAGCCCCCUGUGGCGGUCGAAGAAGCUGCAGAGCCCCCUGUGGCGGUCGAAGAAGCUGCAGAGCCCCCGGUGGCGGUCGAAGAAGCUGCAGAGCCCCCGGUCGAAGAAGCUGCAGAGCCCCAGGUGGCGGUCGAAGAAGCUGCAGAGCCCCAGGUGGCAGUCGAAGUAGUCUCGUGUAGCCAGACCUUCAGACUGACGGCAGAAAGUCUGGACUCUAUCGCAGCUUUUCUUGGCCAUGGACCGCCCAAGAGGACGUUUGACUGA